AUGGUAGCAACAUUCCCCAAAUCGACCACGGCAGCUCAAGUCCUCGACUCGCCCACAAGCACCUUCUCGCUCCUCUACUUUGACACCCAAGGGAUCUGCAACCCCAUCCGAAACCUUCUCGCCCUGGGAGACGCCCAAUGGACACAGUUGUACCCUCAGGACUGGGAGAAUGAAGAUCUUGCCGAUAAGCAUUCUACGCCCUUUGGAGUUCUUCCUGUUCUUUAUGUCCAUUCUCAGGAUGGUUCUCAGACUUUUCCGAUCGCAGAAUCAAAUGCCAUCGAAGAGUACCUCGCCAGCCGCUUCAACCGCCUCGGCAGUAACACCUACGAACGCACCCAGAUCCUCGCAUUCCAUUCCUCAACCUCAGCCCUCCUCGACAGCUUUCUCAACUCUGUCAAUAGCCUCCAAGCAUCCCCCGAGGUCAAACAGGAACAGUUGACCAUUUUUAUGACAAAGUCGGUUCCAAAGUGGAUCAAGAUCCAUGAAGACCAUUUGAGGGCUAAUGGCUCCAAUGGCCACUAUGUCGGCGACUCUAUCACGUUGGCAGACCUGAAAUCCGCAAUGCUGGUCGACAUGAUCCUGCGCUUCCCCCCUGGGGCAGGACUGAUCAACUCCGAGACCGCACCAGGCCUCCUCAAGGUGGCGGCCGCCAUUAACGAGGACCCCAAGAUCAAGGCCUGGAGAGAGACAGAGCUCUUCAAGAGCCAACGUUCCAGCCGUGCUGCUCCUCCUCAGCCCCGCGCCGCGUCCGUCAAGCUGAACGACCGUAAGGGCAAUUUGUCUGGCGGUCUUGUUCCCCCUCCUCUCGCCAAAGAGAACUAA